AUGCCAGCAUUAUUAAAAAGAUUAUUGUUUCAAGUGGGUCCUCAUCCAAACGAAAGAACAUUCACCUUAUCCUCUGUUUCAACUGAUGGGCACUAUAUUUCCUUGAGACCAUUUGUUAAGCCAAGCGGUGAUGAGUUAUCUUUUCCUUUCGAAUGGGCCUUUGCCGGUACAAACGAAACAGUUAAAGCUAAUGAUCAAGGAAACGGUGUCGUUACUCAAGAUUUCAAUUUCUGGUUGGAUACAAAUGUGUACUUGAACGUUCCAAACACCCAUCGUGGCGAAGUGAACACCACUUGGAAAAAUUGGGAUUCUGGUUGUGUCGAGGAAACAGGCGCUGUUUACCCAUUCGGUGCCGACAAAGAAAGCGUCUCUUUCAGAGAAUUGUGGCAACCAGUUGACCCAUCAAGAGAAGAUCUAGUCAUCGUCUCACCAAACAAUGAGAAGUUCUCGUCGAAUGCUAGGUCAAUUGUCCUCAAAGUUACUGACGAAGCUUAUGAUGGUUUGGUUAUUGUUAUUGGUAGAUGGAUUCAAGGGUUUUUGUCCCAAAAGAAUAAUAACACUAUUGAAGGCUUGAACUUCAUCAGAUUACUUGAAAAAGAUUCAGGUAAAUCUGAGUUCUUAUUAAGCUACGGUAAGGAAGUAAACAAAAUUCCACAAAGCUACGAAAAUUUGAAGAAAGGUUCCACUGUAACCAGCAAUGGGUUGAACUGGGAAGUUAUUGAAUAUCACGCUUAA